GAUCACAUAUUAAGCGAAGAAGGAAUAUCUAUGAGUACUGACGAUAUGGCUUUGAAAACAACUUUCCUGCCAUUGAAAAAAUACAAGAGCUUUAUUAACAGGGGACAGAAUCUGUGUGGUAGCAUCAAAGACCUCUGUGAGUAGCAGUCAUGGAGUCAGGUCCCCAGACUCAGGAGUCUUCAGUUGUCGCCACAAGCCAGGACAUGUCUCAUACAAACAAAACUCUGCCACAUAUCAAAACAGCAACAGAACUAAACACAGCGGCUGAGUCUAGUAACUGGACUCUGGUCAAUGACCUGCUGAGUGCUGAUGGCGUCUGUAGGUGUGAUGUAGAGCAGUGCUGUCUCCUCCAUAAACUGGCAGCAGCACCGGAAGUCAGCCUCUCAUUGGCACGAGACAUACUGACAAAGAUUCUGAAACACAAAGUGGACAUCAACAUGCUGGAUACAAACGGUGACACAGCUGUCGUGGUGGCUGCCAGAUGUGACAACACAAAGAUGGUGAUGGAGCUUCUAUCCCGACAGGCAGCUCUACCACCUGAUGUAACACACGUGUGUUCUUUCUUGCAGACUCUGACUAACAACUGGAAACCACAAGAGACGCCUUAUAUGCACGCGCUUGUUGUCAAACUGUUGUGGGACAGACUACAAGACACAGCACUACACAGCUGUCACAAACAGCUUCACCACACACUGGUCCGGCUGGCAGUCACGUUUCACACGUCACUUGUACGUGAAAUGUUUGUAGCAGAACAACAAGUGAACUCUGUAGACAGUGAGGGGAUGGCGGUGUUACACAGAGUGGCCAUGUUUGAUAGCGAGGACCAUGUCCGUGUUGUGCUCUUUCUGAUCAUCAAAGGAGCAAACCUCAACCUACAGAACACGACAGGUGACACACCUCUACAUGUUGCUGUAAAACACAAGAACUGGAACAUGAUGGAGGUCUUAUUACACCGACGUGGCAAAAGUGAUGUGAUGGAUUGUGAACAGCGCUCAGUUCUGCACAUUGCGGCUUCUUUCUCAGAUCCUGUACAAUUCCCGAACAUCGAUAAGAUACUUCCAUUGUUAAUCCGUAACAACAACGACAUCAACAAAGAGGACGGGGAAGGAAACACACCCUUACAUCUGGCAGCACUCGCUGGUAACAUCAGGUUUAUGAAGACAUUGUUAGAUCAUGGUGCACGUGCAGAUGGUGUUAACAAAGAACAGAAGACAGUCCUACACAUGAUGGCGACUGCCAAAAAUAAUACCUCGUCAAAUGUUGACUCUCUAAGGAAAGUGUUAUCGUUGAUUGUAAAAAGAGGUGCACCUUAUCAGAAAACCGAUUGUGCGGGUCACUCUGCUUUGCAUCUUGGUGCCAAAAAUGGUAACUGGACUUUGGUAGAAUUUCCUGACAGUGAAGGCUUUAACAUUCUGCACAGGUUUGCGAUGAGAUCAUAUUCGGCUGACAAUGAAAUGUUUUUCAGACUAACUCAUAAAGUUGGUGAUUUAAAUUCAAAAUGUCACCUCGGUGACUCCGCCAUACAUCUGGCAGCUAAAUGUCAGAACUGGGACAUUGUGAAGCUACUGGUAGAAGAAGGUGCGUUAAUCGACGAACUCGAUAAUGAAGGAUUUCAUGUUCUUCAUAAGAUGGCUAUGGGAGAAAGCGUGGACAAAGAUUUAUUGUCUCUUUUCGUGACAAACAGCUUUAACUUCAACAUUCCAUGUUUAGCUGGAGACACUGUGGUGCAUAUGGCUUCAAGACAUAAUAACUGGUCAAUGGUCGAAUGUCUAAUAGAACACGUGGGAAACAUAGACGAGGUAGAUUCUGAUGGUUUGGCUGUUAUUCAAAGACUCGUUUUGAGCACAAAAGGAAAAUUGCCAUCGCAUUUUUCAUUAUUUAGUCGUCUCAUUGAGCUCGGCGCUGACUGCACCUGUCGCGAUCUAAACGGAGACACUGUGCUACACCUGGCUGCUAGAAAUGACCACUGGGAUAUUGUCCAAUACCUUGUGGACCUUGGAGAAGGAACACCCGCUCCAGACAGCGAGGGAUUUGUAAUUCUUCAUAGAGCAUCAGUAAGAGGCAUACCAGAUUCAAGUGCUCGAGAACUGUUUCUUUCCCUCCUAAAAUGUAAACCUGACUUAGACAAGCGAACAAAACAAGGGGACACAGCCAUACACCUGGCCGCCAAACAUGAUCAAUGGGAAGUUGUCAUGAUCUUGAUAGAGCACUCGGCAAAUAUUUUUGACUGUGAUAGUGAGGACACCAGUGUUCUUCAAAGAAUAUUAAGAAAUCUGUGUUCUCUUCAAAGUGUUGUUAUUGUCCAGCUACAAGUGAAAGAAACUGCAAUAGAACAGGACACGAAUUUCCAUAAAGAACUUGCAUUUGAAGCAGCGAGAUGUGGUAACUGGGACGUCGUCAAAUUCUUGGUGGACCAAAGGGUCAAUACACACCAUGUCGACCCCGAAGGACUUUAGCUUUUUGCAUAAUAUAGCCAAAGGAAAAACAACUCAGUGUCAACACGAAAAUUUAAAUGAACUUUUAAAAGUACUUCUGGACAAGGGCAUGGAUUUGGAAGGUAAAUGCCCAAAGGGAAAUACCCCACUACAUUUGGCUGCCAAAUGUGAUAACUGGGAGGUAGUCCGUCAUCUAUUGCUCCAAGGGGCGAGCAUCCACAGCCCUGAUAGUGAGGG